AUGAACUGCAAUUCUCAGCCCUACUUUCCCGGCAUCCACACCACAUCCCCCCCAACCUAUGAGAUGCUCAAGGAGAAGCACGAGGUGGCUGUACUUGGGGUGACCCAGGGCUUGGAUCCCAUGGCAACCACCACGAUCGGCAUUCACAGCAAAACCUCUGUGCGUGAUCACAUCAUCUGGUCCCUGUUCAACAUAGUCUUUGUGAACUUGUGCUGCCUGGGCUACUCUGUGAAGCCCAGGGACUGGAAGAGGGUGGGUGAUGUGACAGAGGCCCAGGCCUAUGACUCUGCCACCGAGUGCCUGCACAUCCAGCACCUGGUCUUGGGCCUCCUUCUGAUUGUUAUAUUCACCAUUAUUUUUGUCACUGGCUCACUGAUGAUUCUCUAAGCAACUUCAGAGAUCUAAAAGGUUAUGGAGCUUCCUAGUAGCUGCCCAUGGCCUGAGGCUGUCACCCCUUUCACAGCAGUUUAUAUACACAUCAGUCUACAACUGAAUUCAAUGAAGCACUUAUGUGUGUGGGCAAUAAAAGACUGAGAAGCCCUCACAGGCGA